UGAGUUCUGUCUCUCUGUCUCUCUCGAGCUCUACUGCCAAAGUGUUUAUUUAUGUUCUCACCCCAUUUAUAGUAACUUCAGUUCCUUGCAUUUUAGAGAGAGAAAAGGUUGCAGAGGGAGAGAAAAAUGGCAUCCAGGGGAAGAGGAAGACCAAGAAAGCCUAGGGAGUCCAGGAUGGAUGCAGCAGUGGACAAAAUGGUGACGUUUGGGUUUGAGGAGAAAGAUAUCAAGGAGACUGUGAAGGAGCUGUUAACGGUCUAUGGUGGUGGACCUGAAGCUUGGCCUGUUAUUGAAGAUGGCUGUUAUAGUAUGCUUCUUGAAAUUCUUUUAAGCAAGAAUUUAGAGAAAGAUGAAGGCGGGCCAAGUCAGACCCGAAAUGAAGAGGGAACAAAUGGACUUGAAGAGACAAUGGCCGCUGGACUGGGGAAUACUACACCAUUAGGUGAUACGGAUCCUGCAAAUGAUGACGCGGAACAGUAUAUGGAUACUACACCCGUAGGUAGUACUGAGCCUCGACAUGAUGCUGAACCGCCUUUUUCCGACAUCACUGAUAAUGCAUCGGGAACUGAGAACACAGGUAUGGAAGAGUUUCGUGGAGGGGUUAACCUCGAAAAUACUGAGACCAACCUACCCCCAGCCAUCCUCACUCCACAACCACCUGUCAACACUAUUCCAAAGAAACCACGCAGGCCUUGUUACGGGUGGAUCAGUGAAGACGAAGAGGAAAAUGAUGGCAUUGUGCAUCUCCCUGCCAGAGUACCAGGGAAAACUGUACGAAAAUCUAGAUGGGAUGUUGGACCAAAUGAUAUAUAAACCUCAGCUACAUCCAUUCAGGAAUUUUUUUAUGGUUUUUGUUUUCUAUCAUGUCUUGGAAGUUGUUUCUACAUUUUUAGUGAGAAAACCCAUGAAUGGCUAGUUCUUAUGAUUAAUGUAGAAGUAUAACUUGGAGCAAAGUUCUCAAAUAACCGCAUUUCAUAUGGUAAACUUUCAGCAUCAUUUUGAAGAUUUUC